AUGAAUUUCGGCCUCUUUUUACUCUUACGUCUUCUUUUACUCAACUCUGUCCUCGCUUUUACACUACCAGUAAUGGAAGAGGUGGUGAUUGUCGAGGGUCCCUCUUCCGGCUACGUUGUCAAGAAUCGACCGUAUCCGUUAAAGUGCAAAGCGCUGAAUGCGAAGAAGAUUCGUUUCAAAUGCAAUUCGAAAUGGAUUGAUGAGUCACGAAUCGAGAGUAAACUUGGAACGGACGCAUCGAGUCAAAUGGCUUUCAUGGAGGCGCAUGUCGAGAUCACAAGAGCCGAAGUCGAAGCGGCUUUCCCGAUGGAGGAUUUUUCGUGUCAAUGUUAUGCAAGCCGUACCUCGGACUCCGAUGUCGUUCGAUCUGAUUCCUCAAGGAUUCGAUCAGCUUAUAUGCGAAAACAUUUCGGCACCACUCCUCAAUCACAACGCGUUCACGAGGGCUUAACCGUGCAACUGCAAUGCUCACCACCUGAAAGUGAACCGAAAGCUCAGGUGAUUUGGCUAAAAGACGGGCAGCCGAUCGAGCAGGGAGCCGACUCGAACAUCAUCUAUGGAAACGACGGCAGUUUGAUUUUGUCGGCAGCUCGUUUAAGCGAUUCGGGCGCGUACGCGUGUGAGGCCACCAACAUCGCGACAAAGAGAGUCACCGACACAGCUCAGCUAACCGUUUAUGUUGACGGUCAAUGGUCAGAUUGGGCACAAUGGGAGGGAUCGUGUCAGGUGGAUUGUGGAUUGCUGAGAGCAGCACUUGGAUCCGGAGAAGAUGGAGUGAUUCCGAGGAAGAGAAGGACGAGGACAUGCAAUAAUCCGGCACCAUUGAAUGGAGGUGCUCACUGUUUCGGCGUUGAUGAGGAAUACAAGCACUGUGAUAUUCCGUGUAAAAUCGAUGGUCGAUGGACAGAGUGGAGUGAUUGGAGUGAAUGCUCACCCGAACAUUGCACACAGUCAAGACAACGAAAAUGUGCGCAUCCACCACCAUUGAAUGGAGGAGCUGAUUGUGUGGGGAUAGUGAUGGAGACUGUCAAUUGUACGAGUCAUUGUGAAAGGAAUGUCGAGAGAUCUCACCAAUCUCCAGCAAUCCCUCCACAAUCUUCAACUCUAUCAAGUCAUGAUGUCCCCCUUCUAAUCGGAAUGUGUUCAAUCUUUGUCCUUCUCGCGUUAAUCCUCGGUGCUCUUUGCUGGAUUUUGAUGUGUCGAAAGAAUCGGAAAAAAUCGAGCAAUAAUAUUUAUUAUGCGGAAACUGGAGGUCACAUGCGACGAGUACUCCUCGAGCAACAACAAGCCACUCUACUGGCACAGGACUGUAUCAAGCUACCGGCUGGCGACCUCUUUUCUCCAUCACCCAUUCAUCCGACAAUGACUCUUAGAUCGGCGAAAAGUGCCUACAGUGCGUACACUUCGAAUAGAAAUGCUGGAUCACGAGCCGCUUUGAUCACUGAAUGUUCAUCAAACUCUUCAUCUGAAAGGGGUCGUAAGACUCUCUUGAGAAGCAAUUCGAAUUGUUCCGAGGAUGAGAACUAUGCGACUUUGUACGAUUACAUGGAAGAGAAAUCCGUUCAAUCGAUUCAAAACGCUCAAUCCGUUCUCGUUGCGCAAAUCGAUGCUAAUGGAGCUCGGCUGCAGUUACAAAAAGCUGGUGCCAGCCUUUUGGUGCCAGAGGGAGCGGUUGAGAUGGAGAGAACGGUUUACAUAGCUGUGAGUGAGCAACCCGGAGAUCGACCAAAGUUGCCACCUGGUGAAAUAGCUGUCUCAGCAGUGGUGACAAUGGGAGAAGCUGAAUGGGAAGGAGAUCCGGAGAGUCGAAUUCUUCAACGGCCCGCCAUUCUCUCGUUCAGACAUUGUGCGGCCACAUUUCCCAGGGAUAAUUGGGCGUUCUCUGUGUGGGCUGAUGAGGGUUUUGGAUGGAAACAGGUGGUACGAGUCGGGGAAGAGAACUUGAACAGCCCUGUUCACGUGCAUCUCGAGAAUCCCUCAUCGGGGAGGAUUGGAAUCGUCCAUUUAAUGACUGAACACUUUGGAAGAUUUAUGCUAGCCGGACGAUCAAGGAGAACAUCAGUAGCUCCAUGCAAAAGAGUUCAUCUGGCAUGCUUUGGACCGCCAAAUCCAGGCAGAGAUGACUUUGAAUUAAGGACUUAUUGCGUCCCGGAAACGGGAGCAUCAAUGGAAGCCGUCGGUCGACAAGAAGCAGGCGCUCGUCCACUUGCAAUCUCCGAACAUUUCAUCCUUCAACCAUCCGGUGAUCUCUGUUUUUGUGUCGAAGAAAUCUCUCCUGGAUUCACGCUCAAGGGAUCACCUGUUGUGGAAAUCCCAGCAACUCAUCAUCAAUGGUGUUCCCAAAAUGGUCUCCACAGCAGCAUCGCUAUCGCCAAUUCGGAGAGAAGACGACCUGAAGAGUUCAACUGUCGCAUUGUGAUCUACCAAAAGACGAACAAUGCCGAGCGUCACGUGUUGAAUGUGCAACUUGACACAAGUGGACUCCAACCGAAUGAUGAAGCGGAUAAGGUAGUUGACAUCAAUUUCCAAUUGCCAAUCGAUGUGAAAGACUCCUUGGCCGCGUUGCUCGAUCCACCCACUGAUCCAGCUCGAGAUUGGCGCGGUUUGGCGGGAAAAUUGAAAUUGGACAAAUAUCUGCAGUAUUUCGCGACUCGACCCGGUCAAUCACCCACUUGUCUCCUGCUAUCUUUAUGGGAAGCCGUGGAGAAAGAUUCGCUGAGAGCUGUGCCCGAUCUCCUUCAAACACUCCGAGUGAUGGGUAGACCGGAUGCAGUGAUGUUGUUGGAGGGUGUGCUGCUCUCUCCUCCAUCUCCUCCCCCAUCUGCUCCACUUCCCCUCCCUCCAAUGUCCCCAUCACCAUUCACCUAUAAUCAACGACAAGCGUCAUACUCGAGA